CCCCAUCCCGAAUUUGCUUUUCGCAGACGCGGCGUGACGGCGCGGCAGGGCGCUUUCGUUGGACGCUGCGCUCGUGCAUUUGGACACUUCUUUGACGGCACGGCCUCUACCGAUCGAGAUGAGGAGGGGCCGGAGAUGCAGCAGCAAAACUGUAAUUUGCUCGAUGGGCUUUGACUGUGCCGACGCUAUACGCUCUGCUACGCGGAGCCGAUGCGCUUCCCAAAGACCCAACAAGCUCCUCAAGAUUAUGAUUUAGAAGGGCACGUAGGCGUGGUCCUCCCGACUAUAGCAGUUCUCCAAAGGCGCAUUUUCCGGUUGAGUCUCUCCUCUGCGAACUCGUCCAUGCCGUCGUCAAUACUCUGCCGAUUUGCAAGGCUCCGCGGACACCGUACCCUAUGCACAUCCUCAAGAUGAUGCUGCUGGAUGUCUCUGGUAUGUGGGAUAGCCAGUCCACGGCUCGUCCCGGCCAUCGGGCUGGUCUGGAACAAACGACUGGCACGCUGGCCGAGGGUCGACACGGCUGUUGUGCACGAAAGACAGUGCCGGCAAAAGCUGCUGCCUCGUACGGGGUCUGCUACAUUUGCAAGCUGUUCCGUCUUCGCUCCGGUGGCAUCCCACCCAACACGCCCUCGACCCCAGUUUUCACCAUGGAGCAGCAAUCCCGCGAAAGUCCAGCGCCAUCUUGUUCCGGCGACGCGCCAAAUUUCUGUUUAAUCAAACUCGACCUGCCCGGGCCUGAACCUGGGCCCUUUCCCUCGCUCGUUCCCCGUGCUGAAGCGGACUUGCGCAGACGACGCCCCGCCCCACCCGGCCGUUUCUACGUUUCUGUCCGUAUCACCAACAUUUUCUGCAGCAAAGGCAUACUGCGGCACGCCACUGUGUCUUACAUCAAGUUUCACUGCGUCAAGGAAUGAAUAUCAAGAUAUGCACGGCACAUAACCGACGUUGGCUACCGUACGUCUGAGAGCCACCGAGCCAGGCCCAGAGGGUCAAUAAGUUUCUUGUGACAUCAGACUAUAGGUACUUCGUAUCCGUCGUACAAAUACGCGACGUCUGCUUCGUCGCU